AUGGGGGCUGGAGCUAGCGCUGAGGAGAAACGCUCCAGAGAGCUGGAGAAGAAGCUGAAGGAGGAUGCCGACAAGGAUGCAAGAACUGUCAAGCUGCUGCUGCUAGGUGCUGGAGAAUCAGGCAAAAGUACUAUCGUCAAACAGAUGAAAAUUAUCCACAAAGAUGGUUACUCGCUUGAAGAGUGCUUGGAGUUCAUCACCAUCAUCUACAGCAACACCCUGCAGUCCAUCAUGGCCAUCGUGAAGGCCAUGAACACACUCAAUAUCAACUAUGGCCACUCUGAUCAGCAGGACGAUGCCAGGAAACUCAUGCAUCUUGCGGACACCAUCGAGGAAGGCACCAUGCCCAAAGAGAUGUCAGACAUCAUCUUGCGCCUGUGGAAGGAUUCUGGCAUACAGGCCUGCUUCGACAGGGCCUCAGAGUACCAACUCAACGAUUCCGCCGGAUACUACCUGAAUGACCUGGAGCGACUGAUCCAGCCAGGCUACGUGCCCACUGAGCAGGAUGUGCUGCGAUCAAGAGUGAAGACCACCGGUAUCAUCGAGACCCAGUUCUCCUUCAAAGAUCUCAACUUCAGAAUGUUCGAUGUGGGUGGCCAGAGGUCAGAGAGGAAGAAGUGGAUCCACUGUUUCGAAGGUGUGACCUGUAUCAUCUUCAUUGCUGCUUUGAGCGCCUACGACAUGGUGCUGGUGGAGGAUGAUGAAGUGAACCGAAUGCACGAGAGUCUGCACUUGUUCAACAGUAUCUGCAACCACCGCUACUUCGCCACCACCUCCAUCGUACUCUUCCUCAACAAGAAAGACGUGUUCGUCGAGAAGAUCAAGAAAGCUCAUCUCAGCAUGUGCUUCCCUGAAUACGAUGGUCCCAACACCUACGAGGAUGCUGGUAACUACAUCAAAAUGCAGUUCUUGGACCUGAACCUGCGCCGAGACGUCAAAGAAAUCUACUCUCACAUGACCUGUGCCACAGACACAGAGAACGUCAAGUUUGUGUUUGAUGCCGUAACCGACAUCAUCAUCAAAGAAAACCUGAAAGACUGUGGUCUCUUCUAA